AUGACCGAACACAAUCAUGUUGGCCAAUACUAUAGCAACAUCGAUUGGACCCAUCAUCAACUGAUGUACACGUUUGUCACACGUCACAGGAUUGUUAAAGGAUUCAAUCAACUACAGCCGCCCUUCCCUCGCACUGGAGCCAGUUCAGCCAUCCUCCGUUCACUGAUCAAUCCACCAACUAUGUUCUUCUUCGGAGGAUCAAGCAUUCAAAAUCAACACAACGAUCUGUACCGCUUCACCUUUGAUCCCAAUGACUCCAAACCCAGCCUGACUGCUGGGAUUUUCAACACACGUGGACAAGCCCCCGCGCCGCGAUCUCAUGCUAUUCUCUCUGCGACUGAUGGCCACCUUUUUCUAUGGGGUGGUCAGACAAAUUCCAAUGUUCUAGACCACCAUCUCUACCGCCUUUCCCUAUCAACAAACUACUGGAAUCACUACAUCAUAUCCGGACCCUCCCCAGCUCUUUUGUUUGGUUCAUCUUCUACAAUUUUUGAAGGCUUUCUCUAUGUUUAUGCCAGCCAUGAUGUUAAUCGAUCUGUCCAAGGUGAUAUGUGGCGGAUUGAAUUAGACAGUUUACCUUCUGUCCCGUCUUGGGAGUUAAUCUCGUCCUCCAAAGAUCAAAUCUGUCCUCCUGCUCGUACAAGCCACUCUGCGGUAGUUUCUUCAAACUCCUGGAUCAUCUUCGGUGGAACAGACGGCGUCGACGUUUUCAACGAUCUGUGGGAGUAUCGCUUCCGUGAAAAAAAGUGGCGUCAAGUUUCUGCCAAUGGUUCUGUACCCCCUCCGCGCAAGGAUCACCUGGUUACCCAAGUCAAGGAUCACAUGUAUGUCUUUGGUGGACAUGAUGUUUCUGAUCAUAAAAUUUUUGACUUCUUUGCACUUGACCUUAUCAACCAUGUUUGGCAUAGAUUGUCUUCCAAUGGCCUUGAGCAAGUAGAUCCUUGUGGGAACAUCUCCGCUUGGAAUCAACAGCUUCAACAACAAAACUACAUCUCCACCUCUGCUAUGGAGUCCCUUUCUUCAGUUGAGGACUAUCCAACAAACGAACCCCCGCCUGGCAAACGAAUCCGACCUCAAAAGCAAGCUAAGAGGUGGGAUCGAGCACGGGAAAAACGAGAACAACCUGUCUGUACCCCUGGCCAGCACCAGAACAUCUACCAUCAUUCUGUACCUCCAUCUCGCCAACACGACCCCUGCCCCACCGAACUAGUAACCAGCCAGCGUACUAUUAAAGAACAAUACGUGUCCAUCUCACAUGGUGUCUGCAUCGUGGCACCCAACGAUCUCCCUCCCUUCUGUAUGGCAGCAUGGUAUCCUUUCGAAACAAUGGCAGCAAAUGAGAAGAAAGGAUGGGAACAAUUUGUCUUGCACCUUCUUAGCCGAAUCGACUACGUUGCACAGGUCAAUACUAACGGUCCCCAGCAGGAUGGAACCAUGUGGGCUGACGGUUGGCGCAAGUGUUCAAAAAACACUGAGCACUUUGGAAGAUUCUGCUGUGUCGAAUCAUUGCGCAAGCAGAUGAAGCUCCUCAACUUCGACCCCGAUGAUCAGAAGGCCCGACUUCUGCAAGCUGGUGAAUGGAUCUCGUCCCACUUGAAAGAUUUUGCACCUGUGGUACACGACAACUAUCAUCAGCUUCUCACAAUCAAUCAAUAUCCGUCAAUGAAUCACACAGAGUAUGGCCAACCUUACACCACAUCAGACUUCGCCUCUUUCCUCACUUUCACCAUGUUUGACUUCCAUAAUCUUCCCCACAACGAUAACGAUGUCAAUGACUGGACCCUGGUAGGCUGGAUCCCAAUCUUUAACCCAAAAAAAUCUGACAAUCCUCAAAUUCUGGCGGAUCAAGAUUUUGAUAUGAUUGGGGGACAGUUUUCAUUUCGCGAUUUCCAGAUCUGUUUGGACUUGACUAAGACACUGGGUGUAACCCUUUGUGUGUUCAGAUCCAAAGACUUUCGUCAUCAAACCCUCCCUGGUGCUUCCCCAUCUGGAAAGUAUACCCAAAUUGGAUUUUCUUGUCAGAUCAACCAAAGUAUGGCAAGUGCUGUCACUGCCUAUUUGCAGGGAAACUAUGAAAAAAAGUUAAACAUCGGUGGUCUGCAAAAUCAAGUGGAUAAUGCCAAUGCACCCAAGAAGAAAAAAAAGACUUAG